GGCAUGGUUCAUCUCAUCUGAUUUCAUUCGGCCAUGAUCCAGUACGCUUCGUAAGCGCAUUCUCCUUUGUUGGUCUCCCCUCAGCCUCCUCCGUCAGUAUCCCUUCACGAGAAUGCGCCUUGAUCACAGACCGUCCCUUUGUCCAGAGGCUUCUCUGAUCAAUUGAGCUUUGAGUUACGGAUAUGACACGAAAAAUGACAAAUGGCGGUUAUAACCCCAUUCUUCUUCACUCUUCCUAUGCGUUUCCGUGGUGCAUCGAUAAAGCCAUUUUGAAGAUGACAUGCACCCGGUUGCACACUUGAUUGCUGGUCUUAUCUGAUCAGAGGUCAAAUAUUCUAUCGUUCUGUAUAUGUUACUCCGUCAAGCCCCUGGAAUGGCGCACCUACAAGGUGGAUCAGUGUCCAGAGGUUCUGCCGCCGCUAGGAUCGAAUCAAUCAGAGCUAUCAACAAGUCCCUUAUUCGCUGCAAGAUCCUUCUCGAGUGUGGGAGCACCGCUGACUUCACCUAUGACCACUGCAUCUCACAAUGGCAAGGGGAACAGUGCCCGAGGCCUUUUGCUUCGGUCCUGUCCAGCUCUAGAGCAAGGACAGCCACAGCUCUUUCCCACGCCGAUCACGCCCUCGACCUCGCUUCGUACUACGACCAACCCCAGCUGGUUGCAAAAUCCCAGCUCUUCCGCGGCCACUGUUUCCGCCGAAUGGCCCAAUGGGACAAGGCAUACUGGUGUUACGUUCGCGCGGCAAGCGUGCGCGAGUUCGCGGCCGAAAAGGGGCCAGAAGGACUAGAGGCUUCAACGAAAGAGUGCCAGAGGAUGUUAGGCAGAAGGAAAGAGAGUCACUACUCCAGCGCUAGCGAGGAGAUUAGUAGUGGUCACCCUCUGUAG